AUGCACGAAAUUGUGGGCUCGUUUGAAAGUACGGCAUCCUUGAUGGAGCUGAUCCCAGAGUUCUUCGUCCUCCCAGCAGAUUGGCUGGAGAACUCCCUGAGCAUCGUCACUCCCGAGUUCCCUUUGGGCGACGUGGGGCUCCCCCGCUGGGCCUCAGGUGUCAGCGACUUCAUCAGCAAGAUGCGUGCUGCGCUUGAGAGCGAGCACGUUUCGCAGCACUUGCCUUCCUGGAUCGACUUGAUCUUUGGCUUCAAGCAAUCGGGAGACAAUGCGGUGAAGGCCGACAACCUGUUCCACCCUGUGUGCUACGUUGGGUCAAAGGGCUCGCCCGAAGAGGCUGUGGACGCGCUGUCUUUGCCCAUGGAGGUGUUGGAGACGCAGCUGCAGGAGUUCGGGCGCAUGCCGCGGCAGCUCUUCUUCGAGGCCCACCCGCCCAGGCUGCGGACGCCCAAGUGGGCGCUGAGGAAGCUCCAGGACGAGGCCAGCCAGUCCGAGCCAUGGUACAAGGCCGUGCGCAGCAUUGCGCGCGAGAGCCUGGAGGGCACCUUGGAGCCGGACUUCGGCAAGGGUGGCUACGGGGCACCUGCCGCCGUCAACGGGGCGGGGAAGGCGAACCCUGCCCAACGGCCUGUCUCACAAGCUGGGAUGCCUGCGAGCAGGGCCCAAUUUCAGGGCGGGGACUUGUGGCGCUCUCGCGCAGGUAGCCUGGCCAGCUUAAGGUCUUUGACUGCUCAAGUGGUGGCGCCUUUCGCCGUGAGUGGAGGCAUCACGGGCAUGGCAAGCUGUUCCACGAACCUGUACGCAGUUGGAGAGGACGGGUGCCUACGUGUGAGCCCACUGCCAACCGGCACCGACGCCUCUGCACAGGUGUCCUCCCGGCGCAACUUUCGGAUCUCGCCCAUGCCCCUCUCUGCCAUCGCUGCGCUCGACACAGAGCUACUGGCCUUGGGCGGUCACGACAACGCGGUCGUUCUGUACUCCACCUCCUGUGGCUCCUCCCUGUCUCGCAGCCAGAUGCAUGCGGACACAGUUACUUGCCUGGGUGCAAGUCCCUGCCGCACGAUGCUGGUGUCCGGGUCGAGGGACCAGUCGGUCGUGACCUGGACGUUGACGUCGGCCAGCCUCAAGAGCGAGACCAUCUUCGACGACUUGCAGCAGCCGGUAGCCUGUGCGGCCUGCUCGGGGCCCCUGGUCCUGGGGGCUUCGGACCAGCAGCUGAUGGCUUGGGACCGCCGCAGCGGGCAGCCAGUGCUGGAUCGUGAGUUGGACGGAGUUGCGAUUGCCUGCGCGCUGUCGGACGCGACCUCCUCAGCCUCGGGCUGCACCUACGCGGCCGCCCUGGACGACCGUGGGGAGCUCCGCCUCUGGGACUUGCGCCAGUGCAGUGAGAGCCUUCGCCUGGGCACGGCGGGUUCCGGGCUCCUCUCUGCUGGCUGCUUCCUCACGGACUUCAGUGCCUGGGCCAUACUGGGCGGGGUGGCGCCCAGUGGACAUCCAGCCUUGGUUCUAUGGGACAUCCCGCAGCAACGGGAGGUUCACUCCUGGGUCCUCGAGGAGCUCGAUGGAGGGGGCGCCUCCGACAUCACGUACCUCCUGAAGCCACCGGGCACGGGCGAGGCCGCCUGGCGAAGCGACGUCCCGCUCCUGUGCGCCAAUGCCUCCGGGCGGGUGUACGCGCUGGCGCCUGGAUGA